ACGUGAUUUAGCAGCCAUUUUGAAAUUUAUAGAUGAGCUUAAACCCUAUUUUUCCGUAAAAUGACGAAUGGUCUGUGGAUGAUAUUUUACUUGCAAGUUUUGUUGUGAAAAAAAUUUUGUUUGCUACGCAAGUUGUGCAGUAACUUUCCAAUGAAAUUAGCUAAAAAGUAGGUCAAGUCUAUAAACUUGCUAAAUGAUUAAAUAAAAACUCUGUCUAGUAUUCCUUGACCUCAGGAUUACAAAUCUGUAAGACUUACUUUUGUUCUUUGGUACAUGCAAAGCAAUUGACAAAUCUUCCUGUUCACAUAACACGGGAGCUUCGUGCUAAACGGCAUGGAACCCGUUCACUGUAGAAUGCUGGAUACAGGGCGUUUAUUCUAAUUCACGAGCAGUAGAUCAAAGGAACAGUCUCUAUACAUGCUGCUGAGCACAGCGGUUUAAGGGCAUGUGGACGCCAAAAGCUGUGUGUGUACAGACCGCUUGGAAGCCGUAUAACUACAUGCAGUUCUAGUUUCCAUUUGUUUCAGAAUUGAGCAUGAAUCUGGUUCAACAACAAUCCUAUUGUAAUUUUAUAAAUAUUUAAUAGGGGCCAAAAUCACCAGCACAACCUCUCCGGAGGCGACGACCUGCACCAUGAACACCCCUGUCGUGCAUCGGCAGGCUACUUAAACUGUAAACGAUAUAGCAGGCUUACUGUAUCAACUGUUCAAGCAGUGGAAGAAAUAUCCUUUCAGAAAUGUCCAGUUUCCGAGAAAGCUAUUUAUCACCGCCGAAGUCCACAGCAUUUAUCUGCCAUAAGCUUCUGCUUUGACCACAAUACGGAAAAUAACUUCACAGAACUUUUACUGGGUUGAAAAAAAUCUAAAAAAUAUUUAAUGCCGGUUUAUGAUGCCUUGGAUGGCAGUCUUUCAGUGAACAUAAACAUUAGUCAGGUGUUGUCUUUCACUACAAUGUGUGUGUGUUUGUGUGUGUGUGUACAGGCACAACAAAGGUCACCACCAUAAUUCUACCCUGAUGUAUAUUGUUCACCACAUAGGUGCUGCUCUGAAGAUGAAGAUCCUCCUGAAGGAAGUGUAUGGGUCUGAAGAGAUGUUAACAUGUUAUAUGGAAAUACUAACUGACAAAGAGGUGCGAGUUUUGCACUUCGUCCCUCCGGUUGCAGUCGUUGAAAUAGAAACAGAAAUUGACAUGAGGGAACUGAAUCGAAAGUGCGCAGCUCGCCCCUUGGCGUCGCACACUGUGACGGCCGAGGAAUGGCAAAUGAAAACACUGUGUGUGUUGAAUGUGGAUCCGGGGACGUCUGAAGAACUGUUAGAGCUGUACUUCUCAAACGCAAAGCGAUCAAGUGGGGGACGGAUUGUUAGCGUAUGCGUUAAUAAACAUCGCGGAAACGCUUGGGUUACAUUCGAAAAGGAGAUAGAUGCUGAAAGAGUUCUUCGCCGCGAGCAUAAGGUCAGUGGAAGAAGAGUGUCGUUGCAACCCUUCCUGGGCACAGUAGAUAUCUCAGAACAGCAGCAUGUCUUAGAACAAGGAGGAGAUGAACGGGACCUGGACAAUUCCAGAAUCAACCGGGGGGAUCGAUGUAAAAGAGUUAUGGACUGUUCCAGAGACAACCAGCGGGAACAAGAUGAGAAAGAUAUGAACCGUUCCAGAGUCAACCUGCGGAGUCAAGAUGAAAGAGAUAUGGACCUAUCCAGAACCAACUGGCAGAGUCAAGAUGAAAGAGACAUGGACCUAUCCAGAUCCAACUGGCAGAGUCAAGAUGAAGGAGACAUGGACCUAUCCAGAACCAACUGGCAGAGUCAAGAUGAAAGAGACAUGGACCUAUCCAGAACCAACUGGCAGAGUCAAGAUGAAAGAGAUAUGGACCAUUCCACGAUCACUCAGCAAAAUCAGUGGGAAGGAAAUGCUCAACAAGAUGACAAUUGCAAUCGGACAUGCCGGCAGCCAGCUAUGGAAGGUGAUUUGCCUGUCACAAACUCCAAGCUUCAGCCCUACAACCAGAGACAACCUGAUCCAAUGGGCUUUCGAGGUGAAAGCUCCAGUCCAGAAGUGAGACAAGAACUAGGGGCAUCUCACCAAUAUCACCAAUAUCCAGAGAACGGUUGUGAUUCUCGCCAUACACGCGCUAGUGAGAGACGCCAUUUUGUGGAGACUGUGAUGGAUAACCUGAUGGAGAAGACAAACCAGCUGCAGGUACUGAAGGAAGACGGAUUUUAUAAAACUGAAAGGGAGUGCUCUGUCAACAUCGCCUCAAAUGGCAUAGUUAUCAUUAAAGGCCCCAAAGAUGAUGUUGACCAAGCAAAACUGGAUUUAUACGAUGCUUUAGAGAAAGUGAAGUGUUCUACAGUUCCACAGUUGUCAUCUGAUCUAUUGCAUUAUGCCACACAACCCAGUCGAUUGGAUAUAAUUCGGAAUCACUUGAAUGAAACAGGUUUUGAGCCAUUUUCUCUGUCUUUUGCGGAUAAUUGUCUUAAAGUAUGGACACUGUCCCAAGACUCUGCUGAUACUGCCGCAAAAGAAGUGAAAACGCUGUUUUCCACGAAGAAAUUCAAGGUGCAGCCCAAGUAUCAAGACAUUUGCAGAGGUUCAGAGUUUGCUGUGUUCCUUAGUGAUGCGAUGCGAAAUCAGGGAGUGAUUAUUAAACAUCAAAACUUUGCAGUUGAGUGCGAAGGGUUCAAACAAGAUGUCGAGGCGACCAUACAAUCCAUCAAAGAUUAUCUGGAGAGUAACAAGUCUCAGAAACGAGAAGUUUCAUUGUCACUAUCUGAGGCGAAGUUCCUCGAUCGUCACGCCCGGAAACACCUGAGAGACAUCGAGACUAACGCUCAAGAAUUAGUCAAGGUUUGGCUAAACAACGAGAAGCCUUGCAUCGAAAUAAGUGGCAAACAGGGAGUUACCGAAGAAGUGGAAAAAAAGGUGAAAGAUUUUCUAAAGAGCCUGUGUAACGCUGAAGUAAAUAUAGAGGAGCCAGGUAUACGGGAAUUUUUCCGAGACCAGGGUAUCGCGUUGAUACAGGCCGUUGAAAACAGGGCUCCUUGUGUGCUGGACAUGACUGGUACUGGGCAAACACGCGGAGCCAAGGGCAGUGGUGGGGACAGGCGUCCGGGACGAGAGGACAAAGGUGAAAUUGUCUUGAAUAGGUCUCCUGAUAGCAUUCCACAUCGAUGGCCCGCUGUUACGGUCAGCCAAGGAAAUAUAACGGACAGUCAGGCCUCUGUGUUGGUCAAUGUCGUAGGUCGUGAGUUGAACCUAAGUCGUGGAGCUUUGUCCAAAACCUUUCUUAGAGUCGGCGGUCAAGAGUUACAAAAGGCACUGUCUAGAAAUCACACCCCAGCUGAUUUUGGGGAAGUCUUGAUAACCCGGACACGUGGGGAUUUGCGAUGUGAAUAUGUUUACCAUGCAGUAUGCCCCCGCUGGAAUCCCAGAUACGGCGCAAAGGCUGUGACGGACAUUGUGUCUAAGUGUUUAACGGAGGCCAACAAGCACCACAGUCGAUCUAUUGGUUUGCCUUCGGUCGGCGCUGGUGGACUUGGCUACCCAGCGGACGUCCUCAUCCAAGCUUUUAAGUCAUCCCUUUGCCACUUCAUUCAAAAUACCCAAAAUUUAGAAUUAAAGGAGAUUUUUUUGAUCAUAUACGACAAGGAAGUGUUUGAAUUAUUCAAAGAAGCCUUUACAGACGGUUGGAUGAGUUCAACGAGCUCUUUCACUCCAGGAACAAAUUCUAAGGGUGGAAAUUCUGUCAGAAUUGCUGUGACAACGACAAAAGAGCGUGUUGAAGAGGUAAAGAAGCUGAUCCGAAGACAUGUAAAAGAUGCUUAUUGUGUGGAUGAAAUUCGUGACCCCAGUCUGCAGAAUCCCCCUAAAGCCCUGAAGGGGCUGAUCACAUCUUUGUCCGGUCAAGUGAGCAUCCGCCUGGAUGGGGGCAAGAUCUCCGUAUAUGGCUCAAAAUCUGCUGUUGAUUUUGCUACAAAAGAAAUUUUUAAAUGUCUUCAUGAGAAUAGACCUGCUUCUCAAAAACCCUCCCUACUCUUGAAAACCAAGGGAGUGAAGGCGUACAUGGAUGCAAAGGCGAAGGAAACGAUCUAUGCUCCUGGCCACUGGAAGAAUUUCAACAAACGAGAUGUACCCUUGACUGAAUUUAUUGACGCCAAGGAUGAGAAGUACAAGCUGGUGGAUGCGUCAAAGCAAGAGACAGCCGACAUCACCAAACUCUUUGUGGAUAGUUGGGCAAACUGCAAUGUACAAGUAACCCAGGUUCAGCGGGUUGAAAAUCCGGAACUAUAUCAGAAAUUUGCCAGUAGACGUCAGUUGUUCUACAGCAAGGCUGCUAAAGGAAAGAUUCAAAUACUGAGCCCUCCGCCCAUAACGACCACUUUUCAGAUUCAAAACGUAGACCGUUACUGUCGUAAGGAAAUCAACGAAUGUUUGCUGUUUCACGGCACGAGGAAUGUGUCUGGCAUUCUGGACAGUGGCUUGGAUUUCCGGGUCGGUGGGAACGGGAAAUUCGGGAAGGGCAUCUAUAUGGCUGAGUGCGCCUCCCUCAGUCAUGGCUUUUCCUCCCCUGGCAAUUUCAGAGCUGCAACACCUUUCUUUGGUCUGAAGAGUUUAGGAGGAGGAGGUGGGGGUAAAACCUGCAUGUUUGUUGUUCGUGCCGUCUUAGGUAACUGCUUCAAAACCAACAACCAGGGCAACUAUGUGCGACCUCCAUGCAUGGUAUCUUCCUGUAAUGACCAGAUCAACUGCCUGCAACACGGAGAUAGAUAUGACACGGUGGUUGGCUCCGCCGGCUUCAGGGAGUUUGUCAUCUAUGACAGUGCCCAAUGCUAUCCUGAGUACCUCAUAACGUUGUCCUGAGCAGACAGCGUGGAAAUGCCCUGGGCUGAGGUUCUCUCAGAUUCCUGUGUCAUCUAGAGGAGUUACCACUAUAUCA